AUGUCCGUUCAACCGAAGAUUGGCCAGCUCGUACCCCUGAAGGCGAAGCCUGACCAAGGGGAUGCAUUGAGCCAGUUCCUCAUCACCGGCUACGGCCUGCUCGCCGGCGACCAGGAACCGGAGACCCUGCAGUGGUUCGCACUCAAGUACAACACUCCCGAGCCGAACUACGCCAUCUUUGACACCUACGCGGCGGAGAGCGGACGGCAGGCGCACAUCAGCGGCGAGGUCGCGAAAGCACUAUUCGCCAAUGCUGACACCCUUCUCGCGGCACUUCCUGACCUCCCUUCCACCAACUUCAACCUGCUCGCGAGCAAGAUCAAACCGCUUGCUGGAGUGGAGAGCGAUUUUAAGAAGGGGCUGACGGUUGGGCUCAGGGUGCUAGUCAAGGCGAAGCCAGAGCAGAUCGAUGCAGUCCGAGAGUUCCUGCAGGGCGCACUCCCCCUCGUGGAAGCGGAGCCAGAUACACCUGUUUGGUACGCCAUCGAGUUUCCGGGGACGAACGUGUUCGGUAUCGUCGACUUCUUCGCGACACAGGGAGGACUGGACGCGCACCUGAAGGGGAAGGUUGCCGAGGCGUUGUUUGCAAACGUCGACAAGCUCCUGGUCGAGGCACCCGAGGUGAUAACGACGGAGGUUUUGGCAGUGAAGAUCUGAGGAGACGAGUCCAAGACAGUAACAUGCAUGUAGAUUCCGUCUGCAUUAGCACGCAACAGAAGACGACUGAUAUGUGGAGCUCCUGAGGAGCUCAUACGAAUAUGAGCUGAGACCACUCUUCCAAAGUUACCUGCCGUCG